CCAACACCACCACAAUAUUCUGACACAACUCUCUGUCUCCAUAAAAGCAUGGAAAUGGAGCAUGAGAACAAGGCGGCCACGGAGGAUACCGGCGCGCCGGCCACGAACUACCGGGGAGUCCGCAAGCGGAAGUGGGGCAAGUGGGUCUCCGAGAUCCGGGAACCGGGCAAGAAGACCAGGAUUUGGCUUGGAAGCUUCGAGUCGGCCGAGAUGGCCGCCGUGGCCCACGACGUGGCCGCGCUAAGUCUCAAAGGACGCGACGCGCGCCUCAAUUUCCCUGAGAGCGUCGACCAGCUCCCCCGGCCCGCCAGCUCCGACCCGAGCGACAUCCGGUCCGCCGCCCUCGAGGCCGCCGCCCGGGUUCGGUUGAGACAGGAAUUCGCCCGGUCGAGCCCCGUCAGCUCCGGCUCGCCGGCGUUGGAGUGGCUGUGGAACGAUGAACUCGGGCUCGAGUCGCCCAAGAUGUGGGCGGAGCUGGCGGAGGCGAUGCUGCUGGCCCCACCGGUCUGGUCCAAUGAUACUGGUGAGCUGGAGGAUUGGGUUCAGGGAUCGUUGUGGGAUCCGUUGUUGUAAACUGUAGGGGCAACAUCCUUUAAUUUUUUUAGGGGGGAUGAUGGUUGGGUGUUAAUUUGUGUUUGGGAUAUCGAAGAUAUCAAUGUAGGAAAAUUUCACGUGCAUACAGGUGGAUGUAUUAUUAUGUUUGUAAAAGCAGACAAAGUGAAUAUUAUCGU